AGUGCUCCACUGUGCGCGAGCGCAGAAUCCAUGCAGCCAUAAGGCGCGGAAGGCGUGGUUGGAAUUCGCUUAGCGCAAUAUGCAGAAUGGACAACCAAGCCGAGUCCAAUCAGGCCCAUCGUGGCAAGCGUAACCCGGUAGCCCCAAUGCGGUUCCAGGCCCUGCACUUCCCGCUGUCUCGUCUGCAUGGCGGGUUUGCUGAAAGCAGAGGUAUUGAUAGAGCCGCCUACGAGACCUGUCACACACUCAUAUCCCCGCGUUCAUCCUGCUCCCUUCGAAACUUCACUGCGGUAUCUUGGCAUCCAUCGGUCUGCUUCAACUCGAUAGCGCAGAUUCAGCAUUACGGCCAGCUGCAGCUCUUGUGCUUUGCGCGUACGCGAGUCUGCCCAGCAUCCCCUUGCGCCCGCCAUUUCAUACUUCGCGCAGACUUCGCCUCUCUACGAUAAGCUCCGGCUGUGCGGUUGUUCCAACGUUCGAAACUUCGCCGCUCUUUCGGCGACUGCGGUACUAUCAACUCACUACUGCUCCUGGCCUUCGACUAUGUCGUAACUGAAGCUUGAAACGUCUAUCGGACCGAA